AUGUAAUCAUAUAUUUACGAUUUCGACGUUGACAAUCUUUACACCUAUCUCGAGAAAACCUUUAAGGAACGCAUCAUCGUCUUAGACGGUGGCAUGGGUACUCAGAUCUAAACCUACAAACUUCAAGAAGAAGAUUAUAGAGGCGAGAGAUUCAGAGACUUUGACAAGCUCCUUAAGAACAAUAGUGAUAUUCUAAAUCUUACUCAGCCUGAUAUUAUCACAGAGGUACAUAAGGCUUAUUUAGAUGCAGGAGCAGACAUCAUUGAAACUAAUACAUUUAAUGGUUAAUCCAUCUCUCAAGCAGAUUAUUCUUUAGAGCAUCUUGUAUAUGAAAUGAAUAAAGCUGCAGCUCAGAACGCUAGAAAGGCGGCUGAUUUAAAGACAGCUGAGGAUGACAAUGGAGUGUGGAGACUUGUGGCUGGAGCAGUGGGCCCAACUAAUAGAACAGCAAGUGUUAGUCCAAAGGUUGAGGAUCCAUCUUUUAGAAAUGUUUCCUACAUGGAACUCAAGGAUGCUUACAAGGAAUAAAUCAGAGCUCUAGUUGAAGGAGGAGUCCACAUCAUUUUCAUUGAGACUAUCUUUGACACGCUGAAUGCCAGAGCAGGUAUAUAUGCAUAUAAGGAGUACUUUGAAGAGAGCGGGCUGCCUCGCCCACUUCCAUUGUUCAUCUCUGGAACAAUCAUUGACGCUGCAGGUAGAACUCUCUCCGGUCAGAAUACUGAAGCUUUCUUCAUCUCAAUGAUGAAUGCCAAACCUAUGUGUAUUGGUUUAAACUGUGCUCUUGGUGCUAGCUUGAUGAAGCCAUUCCUACAGAGACUGUCGAAGAUUGCUACUACGCAUGUCCAUGCAUAUCCCAACGCGGGAUUACCAAAUGCCAUGGGAGGAUAUGACGAAACUCCUGAAAUGUUCGGAGAAGCUAUCAAGAGUUUUGUUGAUGAAGGCCUACUAAAUAUGGUUGGUGGAUGUUGUGGCACUAACCCAGACUAUAUCAGAGUAGUGAAGUAGGUAGUUGAGGGAUACCCUCCAAGGUAGAUUCCAGAAUCAGAUCACCUAACUCUGCUUUCAGGUCUUACAGAAUUCAAACUUACACCAAACAUUCCAUUUGUUAAUGUCGGUGAGAGAUGCAACAUUUCUGGAAGUAUCUAGUUUAAGAACAUGAUUAAGAAUGAGAAAUAUGAAGCUGCAACUAAGGUAGCCAAAGAUCAAGUAGAAAACGGUGCCUAGAUCUUAGAUAUCAAUCUUGACGAAGGUCUUAUUGAUGGAGUCUAAGCAAUGGUGAAGUUCUGCAGACUGUUGCAAUCAGUUCCAGAUAUUGCUAAUAUUCCAAUGAUGAUUGACUCUUCAAAGUUCUCAGUCAUCGAAGCAGGUCUCUAGAACUGCCAGGGCAAGUGUGUAGUCAACUCUAUUUCGCUAAAAGAGGGAGAAGAAGACUUCUUGGCUAAGGCUAAAAUCAUCUAGAAGUAUGGAGCUGCAGUAAUAGUUAUGGCCUUUGACGAAGAGGGACAAGCAGUUUCAGUUGAAAACAAGGUCAGCAUCUGCAAGAGAGCUUAUAAACUACUUACCGAGCAAGUUGGGUUCUUACCUGAGGAUAUAAUCUUUGAUCUUAACAUUCUUACUAUUGCCACAGGUAUGCCAGAGCAUAAUCCAUACGCAGUUAACUUUAUUGAAGCAGCAGAGUUAGUUAGAAAAGAGUGUCCAUACACUCAUAUCAGUGGAGGUCUUUCCAAUCUCUCCUUCAGUUUCAGAGGUCUCAAUGAUUUGAGAGAGGAGAUGCAUAGUGUGUUCUUGUAUUACGCAAUAUCAAGAGGCAUGGACAUGGGUAUCGUUAAUGCUGGUAAACUCCCCUUGUUUGAGGAUAUCAAGCCAGAACUCAGGCAGCUGCUGACAGAGGUGAUUCUGAACAAAAGUGAUAAUGAUGAUCAUGUGGACAGACUCAUUGAAUAUGCCAAGAUAGAAAAAGAGAGACUUGACGAAAUGAAAGCAGGUGGUACCGGUGUUGUAAAGGAGAAGAAAAUAGAUGAGUGGAGAACUAAGGAAGUAGUUGAGAGACUUAAGUACGCCUUGAUCAAGGGAAUCAUAGACUAUAUUGAUGUAGAUGUAGAGGAGGCAAGACAUUUAUUCCCCCGCCCAUUGAAUGUAAUUGAAGGUCCAUUGAUGGAAGGCAUGAGUAUUGUUGGAGAUUACUUUGGAAGUGGUAAGAUGUUCUUACCUCAGGUCAUCCAAAGUGCUAGAGUCAUGAAGAAGGCAGUGAACUAUCUAGUGCCAUUUAUGGAGGAAGAAAGACUAGCUGCAGGUGGAGCUGAGUCUACAGAGAUUUAAUACAAUGGCACAGUGUUAUUAGCAACAGUGAAGGGUGACGUGCACGAUAUUGGAAAGAAUAUUGUGGGAGUAGUACUUGGAUGCAACAACUACAAGGUCAUUGAUAUGGGCGUUAUGCAGCAAUGUGCCGAUAUUAUUGCAAGAGCAAAAUAAGAGAAAGCAGAUAUCAUUGGUUUAUCAGGUCUUAUCACUCCAUCAUUAGAUGAAAUGGUUUUUAAUGCUAAGGAAUUCAGCAAGCAUGGAAUCAAUGUACCUCUUCUUAUUGGUGGUGCCACUACUUCGAAGAAGCACACUGCUGUCAAAAUCGAACCUUGCUAUAAAAACAAUCAGGCUGUCUAUGUUCUUGAUGCUUCAAGAGCUGUAGUUGUAGUCAAUAACUUACUCGACCCUAACAACAAGACAGAGUAUAUGCAGGACAUUAAGAAUGAAUACGAAGAGGUUAGAAGAGAGUAUUACGAGAGUUAAAAAGAAAAGAAAUUCGUAUCACUUGCCAAGGCCAGAUCAAAGAAAAUGAAGGUAGAAUGGCCAAGAAUCACCAUAAUCAAGCCUAAAUUCCUUGGAACCAAGGUGUUCACUGAAUAUGAUUUGGAGAAGUUAGUUCCCUAUUUCGAUUGGGAUCCAUUCUUCCAAAGCUGGUAGAUCAGAGGAAAGUACCCAAACAGAACAUAUCCAAAGAUCUUCAAUGAUAAGACUGUUGGUGAAGAAGCUUCAAAGUUAUUCAACAAUGCUCAGAUCAUGAUUAGAAAGAUUAUUGAUAAUAAAUGGCUUGAAGCGAGAGGAGUUAUUGCUUUCUACCCAGCAAACACCGUCAAUUACGAUGAUAUUGAACUCUACACUGAUGAGUCAAAGUCUGAAGUAGCAGCUAAACUAUUUACUCUUAGAUAGCAAGUAGACCGUGAUCAAGACAACUUCAUAGCUAUGUCUGAUUUCGUAGCACCAAUAGAGAGUGGUAGAACUGACUAUGUAGGUAUGUUCGCUGUAAGUGCAGGAUUCAAGCAAGAAGAGAUUAUUAAAGAGUUUGAGAAAGAUGAUGAUCAGUACUCCAUCAUAAUGAUUAAGACACUUUCAGAUAGAUUUGCAGAAGCAUUUGCUGAAUAGUUGCAUGAAGAGGUUCGUAAAAACUACUGGGGAUACACUCCAGAUGAAUAACUAACACCCUCAGAAAUUCUUAAUGUCAAGUAUCAAGGAAUCAGACCAGCAGCUGGCUAUCCUUCUCAGCCAGAUCACACUGAAAAAUUGACUAUGUGGGAUGUUAUGAAGGUAUUAGAGACCACUGGAAUUGAGUUAACUGAAUCACUUGCAAUGAACCCAGCUUCGUCAGUCAGUGGACUUUACUUCGCAAAUGCUCAUUCACACUAUUUUGCUGUUGAGGAGAUUUGUAAAGAUCAAGUAGAAGAUUAUUCUAAAAGAAAGGGUAAGCCACUUCCAGAAAUUGAAAAGUGGUUAGCUCCUAUCCUUUCAUAUGACAGAGAAUGA